UUUGCUUUUAAUUUUGCGUUUCUUGUACAUUCACAGGGCUUUUGCCGGUAUUUCUAGUGCUGAAGAAGAGCAUUAUUGCUGAAAUUCAAGCAACUGUCCUUACAUCGUGGAUGAUCCACUGCUACCUGUUCUUCCAGAAUAUAAAAGGCGUCUGCAGUGUUCCAUCUAGCUUGGUGUUUGUUAUCCAACCCGAUGAAAAUGGUGUUCGAAGUGUUCUGUAAUAUGUGUAGUAAGGAAGGAUUUAAGGAGUGUCUUGGACGUGUCCGAAAUUCCAGACACACUGUUCUCUUUUUGGUCUUCCUGUCCCUGCUUAUCGAUAAUCUUCUACUGACAACCGUUGUUCCCAUAAUUCCGGAUUAUCUCUUUGGAAUCGACCAGAAAGAAGUCAAAGAGACUAUAAAAUCAAUGAACCGGACACUGAUAUGUUUGAAAAAUAGAACUAGUGGUCAACAUCAUCUUUUUCCUCAUGAAAACAGCACCUUGACUUUAACACAGGAGUUACUGUCAAAGUCUAUUCCGUUGGAUAUCAUCAGUGAAAACAGCAAAGUUGGAUGGUUAUUCUCUUCCAGAGCGCUUGUGCAGAUUGUAACAAACCCUUUCAUUGGACCGUUGUCUAACAGAGUGGGUUACUCUAUCCUAAUGCUAUCCGGGUGCCUCAUCAUCUUAUUGUCGUCCAUAAUUUUCGCUGUCGGAGAAACGUUCGUACCUCUGCUAAUAGCGCGUGCCAUCCAAGGCUUUGGCUCAGCCUGUAUGGCGGUAUCAGGAAUGAGCAUGAUCGCUGAGAAAUACCCGGAUGAUGUAGAAAGAAGUCGAGCAAUGGGGAUUGCUAUGGGAGGCACGGCCGCCGGGACUUUGUUGGGUUACCCGUUUGGAAGUAUCAUGUACACGUUUGUGGGUAAGACGGCCCCAUUCCUAAUCAUCUCCGCGCUGACAGCCACUGAAGCAGGUUUGCUGGCCACAGUACUACGCCCCUCUUUCCAUGACAAGACGGCAAGAGACGGAAACUCACUUCCGGAACUUCUAAAAGACCCACUAAUUUUAAUUGCCGCAGGGUCGAUCAUGUUCAGCACCAUGUCCAUGGCUGUACUGGAGCCGACGGUUCCAAUCUGGGUGAUGGAUACCAUGAACAUAGAGAAAUGGCAGCUGGGUUUGAUAUUCUUACCAGACAGCAUUGGGUAUCUUAUUGGGACGAACAUGUUUGGAGUUAUAGCCCAGAAAAUAGGCCGAUGGAUUUGUGCAAUAUCAUGUCUGAUUAUGAUCGCAUUUUGCUUGGUUUGCAUUCCUUUUGCCUUGAACCUUACUCAUCUCAUUCUGCCACAUUUCGGGCUUGGUCUUGGACUCGGUAUCAUUGACGCCGCCAUUAUGCCCCACCUGGCCCUAUUGGUUGACACACGUCAUGUGUCAGUCUACGGAAGUGUCUACGCGAUUUCUCAGCUAGGCGUCUGCUUGGGAUACGCUCUUGGUCCCUCUAUAGGUGGUCAGGUGGUCAAAAAGAUUGGAUUCCCAUGGUUGAUGCGCGGAAUGGCCAUCCUGAACGUCGUAUACAGUCCGCUCUGUUGCUUCCUGAGGCCAACCCAUCAAACCGACGAGACCUCGGCAAUCCUUUCAGAGAAUGGUAUUCCAAAGUACUUAGACGAGGACAGUCUACGUGACAGCAGUUUCUCAUAUAACCGUCUACACGAAGAAGACUGAAGCCAGCUUUACGACUCCUCUCAAUACUUUUCAAUUUAAUUUCAACUCCAAUUUCAUUACAUGCGCGAUAUUAUGGUUAUUUAAGUCAUAUGUUUGUCCCACAUGGAAAUAAACUGAAUGCUCAUUUGA